UGUCGAAGCAGUCCAUUAUCAGAAAUGCAGAAAUGACCAGUGUUGUAAUCUUAAAGAAAAUGGUUCAUGUUGUUGUUUUGAUCCACUUGUGUUUGUGGAAUCUAGUCGGUGGGUUUGGUGAUACUGAUGCAGUGAAGUCAGUGUCAGUGAUGAAGGGAGAUUCAGUCACUCUAAACUCUGGUUUUACUGAAAUGAUGGAUGAUGAUGUGAUUCUAUGGAGAUUUGGAGCUGAAAACACUUUAAUAGCUAAAAUCAAUGUAAUGGCCGGCAGCAUCACUAUAUAUGAUAAUGUUCUUGAUGAGAGAUUCAUAGACAGACUGAAGCUGGAUCAUCAAACUGGAUCUCUGAUCAUCACAAACACCAGAACUAAACACACUGGACUCUAUCAACUACAGAGCAACAGUGUGAGCAAGAGUUUCAGUGUUACUGUCAAUGCUCGUCUGCCUGUUCCUGUCAUCAGCAGUAACUCUUCACAAUGUUCAUCGUCAUCAUCAUCAUCAUCAUCUUCAUCACAGCAGAAUUGUUCAUUGUUGUGUUCAGUGGUGAAUGUGGGUGAUGUGACUCUCUCCUGGUACAAAGGAAACAGUUUAUUGUCCAGCAUCAGUGUGUCUGAUCUCAGCCUCAGUUUCUCUCUACCUCUGGAGGUGGAAUAUCAGGAGAAAAACAGCUACAUCUGUGUGAUCAACAAUCCCAUCAGAAACCAGUCCACACAUCUCAACAUCACUCAACACUUCAGCACCCAGACUCAACAUCUGGAUAUCAGUCAUCUCUAUCACACAUGUGCAGGUAACAGCAGUGCUGAUAAGAACAUCAAUUGA